AUGGGUAUUUUUGGAAAGAACAACAACAAGAAGCAGGCCGACGCUAACCCAACGAACCCAAUUAACCCAGCCAAUGUAGGCCAAACUGGCCAAUACGACAAUGCUGGGACGGGUCAGUACGACAACGCAGGAUCUGGCGUCGGGAACCAAGCACCUACAGAUAAUACACAGCCUGGCCCUCGCCACCACCAUCACCAUCAGCAUGGCGGCGGCGGCGGCGGCGACCUCAACACCCGCGACUACGCCGGUGGACCUAACACCGGCUACGGUGCUGGAGGAAACCAGGGCAACAUCGGAGGAUAUAAUGCCGUCUCGGACCCGCACAACCAGCCCGUCGGGCAAAGUAGUGUCCCGCCAGCGGGCGCGAUUAAUGACGGCCCGCGCAGCAGCGGGGGUGGCGGGCGCACGGUCGGCCGCGUCGAGCAGGCGGUGGGUUCGAUGGUGGGCAGCCAGGCGCUCAAGGAGAAGGGCCUCCUGAAGGAGCAGGAGGCCGGUGCGUUCAAGGCACAGAGCGCUGAGAUAGGCGAGGCAGAACGCCUCGAGCGAGAGGCCGUCAUGCGCCGCGAGCGCGCAGUCGCACACGGUGCCCAUCCAGACAACAAGUAUCUCGGCGGAAGGCAGGGUGGCCCCACCGGUGGUUCUCGUGAAGAGCAGUAUUAG